AUGUCAAUGUACUAUGCGACGCUGUUGACCUAUAGUGAUCGUCAAACAAAAUUGUUCUCGAAAGCGCGAACCCAUCCCAGUAUCCUUGCAGACCUCUACAACAAGCUCAAUUGUCAAUACCUUCUGAUACCACAUCCCAUCGGCGACGGAAAACGCCGACCCCCGCUGCCAGCAUUGACAAUCGAUGGCUUCGAGCAUUGGAUGCUCAUACAAGUUCUGCUGAACCCGGAUGAAGAAUACCAGCGUCUAACAGCUUUCCUCCGAGCUCAGAAUCGCGUCGUAAUCGAUUCGGCGACACAACGACCCGUACCAACGACCUCGAUCCCCCGUUCGGCAUUGCCAGCAGCCCCGAGCGACUGGGUCGUCAAGCGCUACGCAGGUCUUCUCGAGAAAGCCCUCAACUCCACCGUCGGCCGUGCCGAAGAGAUAGAGGAAGUGCCAGACAUCGAAGGCACUCGGAAAGAACUCGCAUACUUCAAGCAAAGAUCCACCGAGACGCAAUCAGAAACCCACAAAACACAAGCGGAGCUAGUGAGCACGCGGAAAGAACUGGGCUGGAUAAAGACGAAACUGACGGGUGCACAAUCCGAGGAGGAAUCCACACGUAAACGGCUAGCGGAGAGGGACGGAGAGAUAGAAUGGCUGAAGAAGAGGCUGGCAGAGACGCAAGCGGAACUGGACAGUUCAAAGAAUGAAGUGGAGGGAUUGAGGAGGUUGAAUUCUGCUAGGAGUGGGAGCGUCUCCUCGGUCAGUUCCGCCGGGACACCUUACCCUACUGGCGGGGGCGCGCAGGGCACCAGGCCGCCGUAUCCUGUUGGUGCAACACCGUUGUCCCCGGCCGGGGCUCCGGCGCCGUCGCAGGGCGCACCCUAUUACCGGCAGCAGUAUCGGCCGUCGACAUGA